UCACUUCCGUAUGCACAGUCAAUGGAUUUGGAUUUGGUCACUGGUCAGUUAUAUUGAACAAGUGUAUGACUUAGUUUUGUGUUCUCAUAAAACCUUUGUAAUAUUCAUUUAGUAAGUACAAUUCUUAAACAUUCACUUUAUAAGAUUCGUUAGAACGAAUUGGCUACGGUAGUCAGAUAAAAAUUGAUCAUAAUAAAAAAGCGGUAUUAUAUGGGGUUUUAUUCGACUUAAAGAGCGAAUUGUCUCGUAAGUCAACGAUGUUAAAAGCGAUUAUUCUUAUUGGGGGCCCUCAAAAAGGUACCAGAUUCCGCCCCCUGUCAUUCGAGGUGCCCAAACCACUGUUCCCUGUGGCAGGAGUUCCCAUGGUACAGCAUCAUAUAGAAGCUUGUGCCCAAGUUCCAGAUGUUAAAGAGAUAAUACUAAUAGGUUUUUAUCAGCCCAAUGAGGAGCUAAAUCGUUUCAUUUCUUCAGCUCAGCAGGAGUUUAAAAUCUCUAUCAGGUACCUGCAGGAGUUUGCUGCAAUGGGAACAGGUGGUGGGAUCUAUCACUUUCGGGAUCAGAUCCUGUCUGGAGGGCCGGAUGCAUUCUUCCUCAUGAACGCUGAUGUGUGCUCCGAAUUCCCCUUGCAGGAAAUGCUCCGGUUUCACCGCCAGCAUGGGGACAGUCAUUGUGGAGUCAUACUUGGAACCACAGCUAACAGAACACAAUCUCUGAACUACGGCUGCAUUGUGGAAAACCAACAAACAAAUGAGGUGCUCCAUUUUGUGGAGAAACCCAGUACGUUUGUAAGUGAUAUUAUCAACUGUGGUAUCUAUUUGUUCACACCAGAUAUUUUCAGUCAUAUUGGGAAGGUUUUCCAGAAGAACCAACAAGAAAGAAUCCAAGAAGAGCUCAUGUAUGGCAGACAGAUGCCAGAGGUGAUUUGCCUGGAACAGGACAUCUUUACAUCCUUAGCAGGACUGAACAAACUCUAUGUCUACAAAAAACAGCAUUUCUGGAGUCAAAUUAAGUCUGCAGGGUCAGCAAUAUAUGCUAGUCGUUUAUAUCUCAACCGGUAUCAUCAGACACAUCCUGAAAGACUGACAACAAACCAAGAGGGGAAACCAAAAAUAAUAGGAGAUGUUUAUAUCCACCCUACAGCUAACAUUGACCCUACAGCUGUGCUGGGUCCUAAUGUUUCCGUUGGGAAAGGGGUGACGAUUGGAGGCGGUGUAAGAGUGAGGGAGUCCAUCAUUUUACAUGGAGCUGUAUUACAGGACCACUGCUGUGUGUUGAACAGUAUUGUUGGGUGGGACAGUACAGUGGGGAAGUGGGCAAGAGUGGAGGGAACGCCAAGUGACCCCAACCCCAACGACCCCUAUGCUAAGAUUGACAGCGAGACACUGUUCAGGGAUGGAGGUCUAACUCCAUCCAUCACAAUUCUUGGCUGCAAUGUGAAUAUUCCGUCAGAGGUCAUUAUUAGAAACUCAAUCGUCUUGCCUCAUAAAGAUCUCAACAGGAGCUUCAAGAACCAGAUUAUUCUAUAGAACAAAGUCUUCAAUUAUCUUCUUCAGGGGGCCAAAUUAUCUUGAGGAAACUCAUGAAGGGGACAUGCAGUUUUUAGAGUAAUCAUUAGAUCUUUGCUCUUUUACUUAUGUUAUACAGAAGCCACGUAAAAACAGACGUUUAUUCACAUCAAAAUACUGCUGAAUUUAAUGCUGAGUUUGGAAUGGAAAGUGCUAUAAUGUGCAAAGCAUUACCAUGAUUUUAGCAAAGUCUAUCAUAGGGCAAAAUAAAAAUUAUUUACAGAAGAUAAAGACAAUAAUCUUAAACAGACAGGGCUUAGUUUAAGACAGGACUAAACCAUAGUUAAAUUAAGUUGCUUUUACAAAAAUGCCUUAAAAGGAAACAUUACUGGUGUGCAUCUUGAGACAAAAUGGCACUGACAUAUUUUAAGAUAUUUUAGGGCAAGUAGUUUUCAGUUAAGACAGUCCAAACGUUAAUUGUAGUCUAGCCUUAAGCCUUGUCUGUGAAACCGGGCAUUAGUCUAGUAGUCCAUAUGAUCUUCAAUAAAUUCUGUACAUUAUGUGAUAUAGUAUAUAGUCUACAGACACAAAAUGUUGUUUAAUGUGUAACACUAUUUAACAUUUAUCAAUUUUGUAUUUGUUAUGCACAAUUCACAGAAGAAGAGACUACUUAUGUGAAUAUUAUUACAAUAAUUCAUGGUGCAGAACAUUCAGAAUUUCAUAUUCAUAUGCUUAAGCACUGGCCUUAUUUACAUACACUAACACAACACUAUGUGGAUCUUAUUUGUAGAUUACUUGUUUGUACAUUUAGUUUUAUAAGGAAACCUUCCGGCAAUUGUAUGACUUUUAUUCUGUAAUUAAAUGUAUUCUUCUCUACUGUCAAAUGUGGUAACCUGUAAUCAUUACACUGUACUUCAAAGUGAUUUUGUACUCGAUCUAACUCAUAAAAGUUGAAUAUGGCACUUGGCACAUAUGUGAAGUAAAAUGGGAGUGAGCAAUUUCAAUUUUUUUAGAACCUGACAGAACACAGCAAUGUGCUAAAUUAUCAAAAUAAUAAAUACAAACAUGCUGCUUUUUGUGAUGUCGUUACGACCCUGUAAGCACAAAAUGAACUUGAUGUUAUUGUAGUUUUAGUAACAAACUAAAAAUGUGUGUGUGUGUUUGAACAUGGAUGAAAAAUCUAGGUGAAGAAAAAAGGGAAGAGAUUAACAGCUGCUAUUAAAACUUUUCCU